GAAAUAGCCUUAACAACUACAUAGACGGAAUAUGAUUCAGUUUUCUAGUAGCUCGGAAUGGCAAGAAGAAGGAAGAAAAGUAGAAAAAGUACCGGUUCCUCCAGGAAGGAAGAACUGACUUCAAGUGUUGCUUGCAAUGUUUUGUACGAUCCUAAAACGUAUGAAGCGCAGAUUGGGAUACUGAAAAAGAAAAUUAAAGAGUAUUUUAUUCCUAUAUUUAUAAAACUAUUAGCUAUCAGUACGUGAUCGAUAAUUUUAAGGAUCAUAUUCUUCAAACAACGUCUAAAGUCCAUAACAUUGAAUCAGAUGGCAAGGGACUUAUCACAUAUUUACAAAACUGCAUUCAAAAUAAAGGUUAAGUACACCCACGCUUUUUUUUAAACAAUAGAAUAUAGAUAGGGAAAUCGUUGGUUUGAAACAAAAUCUCAGCACUUUACUUAAAAGGAUGAGUGAAAAGCAUAAAGAACACAACAAAAUUGUAGUCAGUCUGAGGCUUGAAAUCGAGGCUAUUGAAGAAAAGUUGAACUCAGAGAAAGCAGUUUUGACGGGAAAAGUUGAGUCUCUCGAAAAUUUUAGUGUUGAGCGAGCUCAACUGCAAUACAAGACAACAGAAAUACAAAAUUUAAUCGAAGAAACAUUGAAACUCAAUAAGUCCGUAUAUCAUGAAAAGGAUUUAGAACUAACUGUUUCUCAAGACCGAUUAUUCAAAGAGAUGUUAAGCAGGGUUUCACACUUGGCCGGCGAAUUUCGAAUCGGCACAGAGAAACGAGUUAAUAAAACAGAACGUCGAACAUUAGAAUGCAAUUAUAAACUUAAUGACAAGUUGGCAAAUCUAAGCAACAAAAUAUCCCAUAUCAUGGGUAAACAUAAAUCUUAUAAACAAGCUACAAGACAGUUGAAGCAUGAUGUAAACGUACUACAGGAACUAAGAGAUCAAAUGCAUAAGAACUGGUCGGAUCAUAUCAAAUCUUUAAAAGGUUCAGUAUCCAAUUGUUUAGAAAAAGAACAGAAAUUAUCUUCAAUAAUGAAAUCAUUUACAAGUGACAAAACUAUCGAUUCAAAGAACAAUGAUUUAUUUGACGAACAAAUAAAAUAUAUUAGUACGAAAGAAAUUCGACUAAAUGAUGAUUUACAAACAUUAAGAUCUAAGUACGAGCAUACAUUAUUUCAAUAUGAAGAAUACAUGGAUCUGAAGGAUAAAGGACUUUAUCGUUUGAAACAAUUAAUUAAAGCUAGGAACAGUCUGUGUCAAUUAGUGUUUGAUUGCAAAACUGCAUUAUGGGAAGUCUAUGAAAUGUCAGAACCGGAAAAUGCUAUGAAACUGAAUUUAACUGAACGAAUUCAACGUCAUGAUCAUUUAUUGACUGCAUUCUUUAUCUUAAUUUAUACAUGUGAUCAGCUCAUUUCACGUAUUACCCCAUAUCAAAUUGGGGACUUUCGAUUAAGUCAAAUAACGAGAAGUAUACCCUCAGCAUCAAUAAAGCAGUCAUCACGUGGUAAUAAGGUUAUGUUUAGUAAUUCUCUGCAUACAUUUUCCAGUUCUUCAUUGGCUAAAAGUGACAACCAGACUAGGAAAUUUUCAUCAAAUAACAAUGAAUCUAGUGGAUCAUUGUUGGAUUCAUGUGGAAAAGAUUGUGAUUCAACAUCGAACUUCCCAUUAGCAUUAAAAUUUGGUUUAGAACCAAUAGACGAUGCAAAGCAAAAUAUUUCCACUACUAAUUUAAUUAAAGAAUUAUCAAAAUGUUCACGUCAAUCAGUAAGACGAACUAACACACCAGUUUUACAUUCAAUAGCUGUGCAAACUGAUUCAUUAUUCGCAAGUCAUAAACAACCAUCAAAUUUAUGCAAAAAGAGGAGUUUAAACAAAGCGUGUUUUGCAAGAAUUAGUCGUGGAAUUUUACAACUUCCACUGAUUAAUUCAACAAUUCUAGCACCAAAGGAAGAUUAUGAUGAAUUGUACAGAUUUAAUAUACAAUCAACUUAUAAACACAAGUCACCUAUACUACCAAGUUUAUACAAAUUGGCUAGAAUGUAAUUCAGCUUAUAUAUAAAUGUUAACGGUUGAAGUAUAAUUAUUGAGCCACAGGUUCGAACCAUGUAGCAGCCAGAAUCUUCCUGAUGUUUUUUAUACACUUAAUGUGAUUUUCAAGAAUUAAUGAUAUUUCAACGAUUUCAAUCACUAUAUUUGUCUGAAUCUUAACUUUUCGGAGUUGUGAUGUCAAGUCAAACAUCCUUUUUAUUGUAUGAACAUUUAGUGAUCUUCAUUUGAUCGCUUCAAAAAACAAUAUGCACCUUGUAUUUUUUUUAUAAUCUUGUUUAGUCACUAAUUUUAUUUAUUUCGUUUGCCAAUAUGAUAGAUAAGUAUAGACGUUUCAUGAAUUAUUUUCAAGUUCAUCUUAGGAUUUAUCAACUAUUCCUAAUUUCAGUGUGACACGAGAGAUCAAUUUCAAGUAGGAGCUUCAUUAAAAAGAUUUUUAAAAAAUUUGAAAAUUGUUUUUUGAUGAGUCAAAAGUAAAGAAAUGAAGUGCGAAAGAACAUGUGAAAAUGUUUGUGUUUGACUUGCCUAAUCUUUUAGGCUAGCUUUUGACAACU